AUGGAAAUAUAGACAUUAAUUUCGUUAAACAUGGUUCCGCUUUAGUGGCACUUUAUGUUCGGAUAUUUAAUCACGUUUGCCUAAAAUCACAUAAACUAUCUAUCCAAAGCUUUUGGCGGUACCAUGUCAUAUAGAAUUGUGUUGCCGUACGUCCGAUUUGAAAGCAGAACCAAAUAAACAUGGCGGACUCUUCAAUCUCGUAUGAAAGUGAACAAGAUAUUCUCGAAGAAAUUGAUACACCUGUGAAAAUGGAAGAGCUUGUAGGUAAUGAAAAUGGUUCUGAAUGUGUUAAGAAAACAGACGUCACUAGCAAUACUAAAGAAACCGAGGACACUUUCAAAAAACCGACUCUUUUUGCUGCGCCUUCGUUCACUAGUAAACGAGGUCCUGUUGCGAGCAGCGCUACAAGAAAGCCUACACAGGAAGCAAAUAUCGACGAAGAACAACCAAAAGCACCUGCUUUGGAUACUAGCGAAACGUCUGCAGAUGAAUAUGCGGCUCAACCCAAGGCAUCCACCCCUUCUACUUCAGAAAACGUCAACACUACUCCGGGUCCAGAGGAAGAUGAACAAUGCGGCAAAGAUAAGACUAUUAUUAUUAUUAGCAGUGGUGGUGAUGGUGCACCCGCUAAGACCAAGCUACAAGACGUCAAACCACCACCAAGAUUUCUUGUCAAAGGACCACCUCCUGGCAAAUUUAAGCCCCACCCUCCUGUGCCAUACUCCGAACCCCCCUGGGCAGGACUGUCAGAUAUUCCCUAUUCCUUAGAAAUUCUUAAAAAUGGUACUAUUGUUGAUACAGUCCCACUCACCCAACAAAGUUAUUUUGUAGUGGGACGUUUACCUGUGUGCGACGUGUCCCUGGAACACCCCUCAAUCUCCAGGUAUCAUGCUGUCAUUCAGUACCGCGGGCUAGCAGGUGACGAUGAGGCUGUUGGAGAGGCAAGAGGGUUCUACAUACAUGACUUGGGCAGCACACAUGGUACCUUCGUCAACAAGAACAAGAUACCACCAAAGACCUAUAUCAGAUUGCGGGUUGGGCACGUCCUCAAAUUUGGGGGAAGCACUAGACUUUUCAUCUUGCAGGGUCCAGAGUUUGACGAAGAGGCGGAGUCGGAGCUUACGGUCACUGAGCUGAGGGAGCGAACUAGGAAGCAGCGGGAGGAGUUGGAGAGGAGAAUGAUGGGAGAGGGGUCAGAUGAGGAGGACGAGGAAGAGGGGAAAGAAGAGAGUGGUGUUAAAGGAACAAGUUCCAAUGAUGAUUCAGGCUGUUCCUGGGGAAUUGCCGAUGAGGUGGCCCCGGAGGAGGAUGACAACGAGGAGAACCCUUUCUCCACAGAAUUCCAGGAGGACCAGGAGGCUGCUUACCUGAAGGACCCAAAGAAGGCACUGCAGGGCUUUUAUGAUCGAGAAGGGGAAGAGCUUGAGUUUGAGUAUGAAGACAAAAGCCACGGGACCUGGCUAUGCAGAAUAAAGCUUCCAGUGGACGAUGCUUCGGGAAAGCAGCUGGUUGCUGAGGUGACCCACACUGGAAAGAAGAAAGAUGCAGCCAUCCAGUGUUGCCUGGAGGCAUGCCGCAUUCUGGAGGCUCGGGGCUUGCUCAGGCAGGAGGCAGUUUCCCGCAAGCGCAAGAAGAAGAACUGGGAGGACGAAGAUUUCUACGACAGCGAUGACGACAACUUCCUGGACCGGACCGGUGCUGUGGAGAAGAAGAGGCAGGAGCGCAUGAAGAGGGCCGGGAAGAUCCAGCAGCGCCCUGACACAUACGAGUCGCUGGUGGCUAAACUAUCAGGGGUUGAGAAGGACUUGGCAGAGACAGAGAAGAAGCUCAGUGUGGCAGGGAGAGAUGGCUCUCACUCGUCCUCCGACGACCCCUUGGAUGUCUUCAUGGUCGCGGUGCGCACUGAGGCGGCGCUGGAUGCCGUGGAGCGCCGGAAGCUGCACGUGCAUGCCGCCGACCUGCGCAAGGAGGCCCAGAGGCUGCAGCGGCUGGUGGAGCUCACGCGGCCAGCCCAGAUGCCUUCCCUGCAGACAGGGUCUGGAAGUGGCUCGUCUGAAGUGGACAGGCCUAAGAAGCGCUCCCUGCCACUGUUUGGUGCAAUGAAGGGAGGCGCCAAGUUCAAACUCAGAACCGGGACAAUAGGGAAGUUGCCUCCGAAGCGAGCCAACCUGCCUGACGAACUCUUCAACAUGAAAGGAGAGGAGGAGGAGGAGGAAGAAGAGGAGGAUGACAAGAGGAGUGAAGACGUGACUGUGGCCGACAUGCAGGCUGAGGAGCCCCAGCAGUCCAAUGACAGUACGGAUUCCCCAGAGGGCUUCGGUACAGGAAGCGGGCUGGAGCAUCCACCUUUGUCUAAAUCCCCCAGAGGGCAACAGUUGUCCCAGAAAAACAGAGAUGUAGAGGAAUCUGAUGAAGCCUUGGAAGAUGCACCACUUGGACGUUUAAAGCCCCUGCCAGAUACAGAUUUUAAAGAGGGACACGAGGAAGAGAUGGUGGCCAAACCCAGUCCCAAGAAAUUCUUAAAAAAGAGAAUCAUUGGCCCCACCAGACCUCCAGCCACCCUGUCUGGACAGUACCCAGAGAAUGACCCUGACUAUUGUGUCUGGCUGCCCCCAACAGGUCAGUCUGGGGAUGGCCGCACCCACCUAAAUGACAAGUAUGGCUACUGAACAGAAGGCACACCUGCAUAACCCUUCUGUCCCCUUAACUCACCUGCAGACCCAGCCUCCGUCCUCCUUCUACACAUCUUUUACCAGAUUUGAAUUCACUGGUUACAAAAAAGUGUAACAGUCACAUUGUGGAGUCUGAAAAAGACAAAAAAUGGAAAAACAAAAAUUGAAAACAUGGAUAUUUGGGUGGUAUUGGGUUUGUAGUUGCCCAGUGGUGCCCAUUGGGUUAUUUUUCUUUGAUCACCAUGAAAUUGCCAGAACUAAGUAAAUUUUUUACACUAUGUAAAGGUGUGAAUAAGGAGGGUUCUCAUUUAGAUAUCAAUCCUCGGAUACUGCCCCUGAGCCUAAAGUGAUUGGCUCACCACAUGUACUUAACAAAGAUAGGCUGCACUUAUACGUGGUCCCUAAAGGGAAUUGGCAUUGGCCCUAUCGUAUGUCAAAUGUCCAUGGAACACGUACAGCAUUUAGCUCAUCCGAGGUCAGCUUUGUUACUUUUGACUGCUCUCACGCAGCUGAAGCCCACCUGACGUCCGAACAGCACGGGCUUCCUGCUGGGCUUCGCUCUGCCGAUUUCUGGCGCAACCCUCUUUCAAAGGAGAGUGAGCGCGGGAGAGAGCAUUGAAGCAGCUUUGCAGGCCAUCUGGACACUUGUGUGGCAUUAAUGAAUAAAAUGCAAGCUGAUAAUGAGUGAAGUCAACGGUUGUGUGUCUGUCUCUGUGUGUGUGUCCUCCCCCUCCAAAGUCUCUUUCUAACCAGAUCUUCAUUAUGAGUGAGUGAGUCAGCUUCUGGAAGGCGGGUGUAUGUGAAACAGGGUUGUGUGUGUGUGUGUGUGUAUGGCGAGCUGCCUGGAGCAGGAUUACACUGCCUCAGAAAUCCCACAUAGCAUUUAUGUUGUUGUGCUCUUCAUCCUUUCCCUCUCCCUUUGUCCUUCCUCUGCCUAGUUACCAUAUCCUAUCCUUUUCAACUGAGGCUUUGCUGUUAGAAAGUCAUGCCUUUUCAACAGUCAUGUAUAUUGUGAAACUUUUUAUAUGUAUUAAAGUUGUUCUUGAAGUACUCAGGC